AUGGGUAGAAAGCUUAAGGGUAAGCCAAGCCAUAAGAGUCUGAAAACUACUCUUCAAAGACAUCAAGUCCGGGAGAAAAUCAGACAAUUGCACAAGAAUAAAGAGCAAAACAAACAGCAGAAGAAGUCCCAACCAAAUGCCAAAGUAAGAAAAAACCAGGAACUACAGAAGUUGAAUGAAGCUAGUUUCAGCGCGUUUCAGAAGGAUGAAACGCUCCUACUGGUCGGAGAAGGUGAUUUCUCAUUCACCAGAUCUCUCAUUGAGGAAGAAUUCCUGAAGGCAGAAAAUAUAAUAGCGACUAGCUAUGAUAGUUCACCUUCGGAACUCGAACUCAAAUACCCCCACUCUUUCAAAGAGAACUAUGAUUUUUUGAUUCAAAAUAAAGUCAAGAUGAUGUUUAAAGUUGAUGCUAUGGAUCUAAUAAAGACAUUGACUUUGUCAAAAAGAAACGCCUGGUCUAAACUUUUAGGAUCAUCUUGGAAAUACAAGAGCUUACAAAAUAUCAUGUUCAAUUUUCCGCAUACGGGGAAGGGUGUUAAGGAUCAAGAUAGAAACAUUGCUGAUCAUCAGCAAUUGAUCUUUGGAUACUUUAGAAGCUGCAAGAAAUUGUUCGAGUUGGUCAAUGCUCCAAUUUUAGAAGCCAAAAACUCUUAUGACCAAGGUUAUACGGCAUCAGAGGGGAAACAAGAUUUAACACCUGAGGGAUAUGGUAAUAUUCUCCUUUCCGUGUUCACUGGGGAGCCUUACGAUUCUUGGAUGAUUAAGAGUCUUGCUAAAGACAACGGUUUAUGCGUUCAGAGGUCUCAUAAAUUCGAAUGGAAGAAUUAUCCACAGUAUCAUCACAAAAGAACGAACAGUGAACAAGAGACUACAAAACCAGCUGAGGAAAGAGACGCUAGAAUCUAUAUCUUUGAAAAAUUCGAACGUGCAAAGAAGGCGAAAUCAAAAGACUUGAGCGACGAGGAAUGA